AGGAGAAAACUCACUGAAUGCAGAGAGACCUUGAGUGGGAAAUCGAAAUAUAUAUCGAUUUAGACCCACAAACUAGCCCUUGAUAUAAUGGGUAUCAAUAUCAAGCACCAAUGCUCCUUCCCACUGGUCUUUCUUGCAACCGCCACCCUCCUCCUCGCCGGCCAAGCAACUGCCAUAGCCACAGCAACCGUCAGUGACUUAUGUGCAGCUACAGAAUACAAACCCCUUUGCAGGGCAACCCUUAAAGGAAUUACCGAUCCAAAUGCAGCAAUAGAGGCAUCAAUCAAUCAAGUAAUCCUCAAAUCAAAACACGCAUAUUUCCGGUCAAGGACGAUGGGCAACGACGAAACUACUGAAAUCUGCAAGGAAAUGUAUGAUGAUGCCAUUACAGACCUUGAGAAUUCUUUGAAAGCCUUGAAGGCAAAGGACAAGGGCACCCUUGAUUCCAACCUUUCUGCUGCUAUUAGUUACUAUUCAUCUUGCGAUGACUCGUAUGCUGAAAUGGGCCAAGAAAGUCCUUUUAGUAAGAUUAAUAUUGUCCUCCAACACAUGGUCGACAACUGCUUGGUCUUGGCCACUCAAAUCCACUGAUUCAUUAUAAAUUUUGGAGGGUAAUUAAUUAAUUAAUUUGCUGGGUUGUGUUAAUUAGGUUAAAUUCAUAUUAAUAUGCGUUGGUUUUGUUCAAUUAUUGCAUUCCUUAGGAGGUGUUGAUUUGUAUAAUACGGGAAGUGAGUGCCUUUUCUGGCAUUUAUAUGAUAAUUAUCAAAUUUGACUCCCUGAACCAGAUUUUCAGUUCUGAUAUUUACAAUCUGUACUUUGUCAUCUUAAUUAUAUCAAUAUAUUUGAAGAUUACUCCCUC